GGGGCGCGCAGCUGGCGCGGGUGCGCGCGGCGGCGGCACGUUCGGUUCCGGGCCGAGGCUGGCGGCGGAAAAGUUGCGGGGCUGAGAGGAGAGGCCCCAGGACAGGCAGCUAGCGCAAAGCGGAGCCGGCUCCCGGCGCCCGUGAUCCGGCCAUGGACGACCUCGAUGCCCUGCUGGCGGAUCUGGAGUCCACCACCUCCCACAUCUCCAAGCGGCCCGUGUUCUUGUCUGAGGAGACCCCCUACUCAUACCCAACUGGAAAUCACACAUACCAGGAGAUUGCUGUGCCUCCCCCUGUUCCACCACCCCCAUCCAGUGAGGCCCUCAAUGGCACAGUCCUUGACCCCUUAGACCAGUGGCAGCCUGAAGGCUCCCGAUUCAUCCACCAGCAGCCUCAGUCCUCAUCACCUGUGUAUGGCUCCAGUGCCAAAACUUCCAGUGCCUCGAACCCUCAGGACAGCUCUCCGUGUUCCCGAGUGGGUGAGGAGGAGCACGUCUACAGCUUCCCCAACAAGCAGAAAUCAGCUGAGCCUUCCCCCACCGUAAUGAGCUCCUCCCUGGGCAGCAACCUUUCUGAACUUGACCGCUUGCUACUGGAACUGAACGCUGUGCAACAUAACCCCCCUGGCUUCCCUACAGAUGAGGCCAACUCAAGUCCCCCACUUCCUGGGGCUUUGAACCCCCACUAUGGCAUCCCGGAGAAUAACAGUCCCCUGGGGGGCAAAGCUGGGCCCCUGACAAAAGAGAAACCUAAGCGGAAUGGGGGCCGGGGCCUGGAGGAUGUGCGGCCCAGUGUGGAGAGUCUCUUGGAUGAACUGGAGAGCUCCGUGCCCAGCCCUGUCCCCGCCAUCACUGUGAACCAGGGUGAGAUGAGCAGCCCUCAGCGAGUUUCCAGCCAGCAGCAGACGCGCAUCUCGGCCUCUUCUGCCACCAGGGAGCUGGACGAGCUAAUGGCCUCACUGUCAGAUUUUAAGAUCCAGGGCCUGGAAGAAACAGUGGAUGGGGAGCAGUGCUGGGCAGACGGCGGGCAGAGCAGCCCUGUAGGGCAGGACGAGGGAGGGUUCAUGGCCCAAGGGAAGACAGGGAGCAGCUCACCCCCUGGGGGACCCGCAAAGCCUGGGAGCCAACUAGACAGCAUGCUGGGGAGUCUGCAGUCUGACCUCAACAAGCUGGGUGUUGCCACGGUCGCCAAAGGGGUCUGUGGGGCCUGCAAGAAGCCCAUCGCUGGACAGGUUGUGACUGCCAUGGGGAAGACAUGGCACCCGGAGCACUUUGUCUGUACCCACUGCCAGGAGGAGAUCGGAUCCCGGAACUUCUUUGAGCGGGAUGGACAGCCCUACUGUGAAAAGGACUAUCAUAAUCUUUUCUCUCCACGUUGCUACUACUGCAAUGGCCCCAUCCUGGAUAAAGUGGUGACAGCUCUUGACCGGACGUGGCAUCCUGAGCACUUCUUCUGUGCCCAGUGUGGAGCCUUCUUUGGUCCCGAAGGGUUCCAUGAGAAAGAUGGCAAGGCCUAUUGCCGCAAGGAUUACUUUGACAUGUUCGCGCCCAAGUGUGGUGGCUGUGCCCGGGCCAUCCUAGAGAACUACAUUUCAGCUCUCAACACACUUUGGCAUCCUGAGUGCUUUGUGUGCCGGGAAUGCUUCACACCAUUUGUCAAUGGCAGCUUCUUCGAACAUGACGGGCAGCCCUAUUGCGAGGUGCACUACCACGAGCGGCGCGGCUCGCUGUGCUCUGGCUGCCAGAAGCCCAUCACAGGCCGCUGCAUCACCGCCAUGGCCAAGAAGUUCCACCCGGAGCACUUCGUCUGUGCCUUCUGCCUCAAGCAGCUCAACAAGGGCACCUUCAAGGAGCAGAAUGACAAGCCUUACUGUCAGAACUGCUUCCUCAAGCUCUUCUGCUAGGUGCCCCAUUCCCUUCUUCAGCCUCCCUUCCCCAGCCAGUGUCCCCAACUGCUACUGUGAUCCAGAGACCUCACCUGGGGGUGAAGGGGGCAAAUCAGACUGAAACUGGAACCCUUGUCCUCAGCUGGUGCAGGAUGGGAAGAGGCCAUGAGGGGUCCUGUUUGCUCAUCUUCACCUUUGCCAGAGCAUCUGGGCCUCCUUCCUCCUCCUACAGCCCUUCCCAGGCUGUCCAUUCUUCAUCUUCCCUGAGUGGGGAGGCAGGAGGGUCCACCCUACCCCGUGUAUGUCCCCAUGAACUGGCUUGACCCAGCCAGCACCCACACUGGAGCCAUCUCUUAUUAUUUCAGCAGUGGAGCCAGGGGUAGGGUGGGGUGGAGAGGGUAGGCAGGGCCAUAUGGGGUCUCUCUUUAUCCUUAUUUGUCCCCUAACCUAAUUGUCCUUGUUCUGAGAGUCUUAGGGGACACCUGGCUCCCUCCAGACAAUGCCAGCAUAAAUCCAUACAUCCAAGGGUGGGAGAGUCAAGGGGCCAUGGAAGGUUUCCUGUGCCCCUCUCGUACUUCCAGCCUCCCUGGGCCAGGGUGAUUGCCCCCAAUACCCAAACCCCCUCCACAAGCUCCCCUUUUAUACCUGUUCUGUUUCUACUGAGAAAGGCCUCUCCAGCAAUAAGGUUUUAUAGUCACUUCUUCCGUCUCGGGGCUGGCGUGAGGUGGGGUUAUUACCCAUGCCUGGACACUGUACCGACUUUGAUAGAUUUCUACACUGAGGUUUGAAUUCAUAUCACCUGACUUGCUUUUACUUCUCUAUACAAAAUGAUUUUGAAGAGAUUUUAAAGAUGUUCCCUUUUUGUACUCUCCUCCUUGUCUACCGCCAUUGGGCUUGUCAGUGACGACAGCCUUGGCAUGGAGUUUGCUUUGUACCGAGGGCUUGGGGUGGGGAAGCAAUUUAUGUUUUAUUUUUUUCUUAGCACAAGCAGGUAAACGGGGAGCAGUUUCAUGACUCCCCUUCUUUUCACUUCACAGCUCACCAGGACUGUUUUAUAAACUGCUGUAUUGUGAAACCCUUUCCUUACUGCCCAGGCUAGCAAGCUCUGAAACUGGUCUAAGGGUGUCUUUCCCACUUGGGCCUAGAAUUCUCAAGCUCAUCUGUUCUGCUCCUGAGGAAGAAGGGGAAGGACACUUUGGGGGCUGCUGCUUGUCUGAGUAAGCCAUUGGAAGCCUCUGUUCCUCAGGGGACUUUCUGGCAACAGAGAACCCACUAAAAGUUCUCUCCUCACUGCUUCUCUGGAACUCUCUUCUGCCUUCUCGGGAAAGCUGGUGUAUAAUUGUGAGUCCUUUCACAAGGACUAUGAAAGUCUCUUUGGUCUGUUGAUUCUACUGGGCAUAUCACUUCCCCACAUCCGCCCUUCCUGGAAACUGAGUACAGGUUCUUCACCUCUUACAAGUGGGAUGGACACUUAGGAGGUCUGAUAGCGUUUUGAGCAGAGGCCCGGGAUCCUGCUUGGGCCACAGGAAGUCCGCAGAGCCCUUUCCUGAGGAUGAAACAGAAGUAGCCAGGCCUGAAGUUCUUGGUCUAAGGAAGGGCACCCCCCCAAGGGCCUAAUGUGAGAAAGACCCAGACGACCUCACUAGCCUCCUGGCAGAGAAGAGGGUCCCUCCUUUUGGGCUGAGCUGGGUGCAACCCAGGUCUGGGGAGGUCUCUCUGGCCCCUCCAGAUUCCAAUGUCUCCACUUCCACCCACAGGCCUUACUGCUCUGUUUACAGUGACCUGCCCUAGGUCCCUCCCCAACAGGGACUUGGGUUCACAGUCUGGGUCAAUGGUUAUUUGAUAAUUUCAUUUUGGUUAUUUUUUUCCUCUGUAAACAUCUAACCUGGCUUUUCCCAUUUCAAUUCCUGUGAUUUAUGCCAAUAAAGUUUGCCAUUAUUUUCA